CGGGAAAACUCUAGUGCACUGGUUAUUGUAGCUGUUUGACUUUGUAUCAUUUGAUCGCUGCGGUCAUGUAGUUAUUGUUUUACGGAACAAGCUGCUAUCGUCUCAGCUCUCAAUACGGUGGUUUUUUUUUGAAAGAAAAUAAACUUGAAUAUUUGUUUUUGGAGGAAUUGAAGGAUCAUUACAUCCUAUUUCAAUUGAAAGAAAAUAAACUUGAAUAUUGGUUUUUGGAGGAAUUGAAGGAUCAUUACCUCCUAUUUCAAUAUGAGUAAAUGCUUUGUGAAGGGAUGUCCAACAAAGCAGGACAAGCGCACCAGAACAACAGACAUUAGUUUACAUUGUUUUCCAAGAUCAAUAGAUAGAAUCAGACAAUGGCUAUCAGCCACAGGACAACCUUUCGAUAAUUUUGAGAAAAUAGUUGAAAAAGUUAUGAUGCCAAAAUCGACUGUAAAUUACAGAAUUUGUUCUAAACAUUUUGAAAAGGAAUGCUUUACAAUGGUUGGAUCGAGGAUGAAAUUAAAAUCUGAUGCAGUUCCAUCUAUUGCCAUAAAUCUUUCUCAAGAAAAUGUCUUUGCAACAAGCUUGGAUCCAAUGCCGUCAUGUUCUGGCAUUACAACAUCAGAAAGUGACAGACAAAGACAGGUGGAACCUGAUUUACCUUCCUGGUACAUAGAUCAUCAGUAUAGAAGUAAUAUUUCAACUUCACAUAGCUUGCAUGAGGAACCAGCCAUAUCAUUGCAAACUUUAUCAAGUGAUCAUAGUCAGUCAACAGAUCUUGAAGAUAGUGGAACAAAGAAUAUAAACGUAAAAACAUUGGAAUUCAUGACAAAACAAUAUCGAAUAAUACAACCAAACACACCAUCAAAACGAAAAUACAGGGAUAUUGUUCCUAAAAUUGAUUUUGACGUUAUGAGAGAUUUGCCAAGAAUUCAUAAAAAUACCAAGAAAGACGUUUCUACAACUACUGCAAAUCUGGUAAAAACAAAUUCCGUUGGUACUUGGACCGGCAGCUAUGAUUUCUUCAUGUCUGAGAUUGCCAAUUAUCAAAGAAUGUUUGAAGAUGAGGAUGCAACAUUAGAAAAUCAAGCUGUCUCUAUGCCAAUGCAAAUAACUAAACAAUAUCGCUUAUCCACAUCUACCCCAAUUAAUGUUAUUGAAUCACGGAUUCCGAGGGCAACAGAUUUUCCCUCUAACUCACCUAUCGAGGAACAAGAUCAUGGAGAAAUAUUGGAUGUUCAAAUCCCACUUACAAAAUCAGAAGAUGAACAAGAAUUGGAGGAAUCCAACAUCUGUCUUCUUAUCGAUGAAAAAGGCAUUUCCUAUGUACCUGAAUUAGCACCGUCACCAUUCUCUGAAGAAGACUAUAUGGAUGAAACAUCUUUAGAUGGUUCAGCAGUUGAGGACAGAGGAGAACCGUAUGUGUGUGAUCAGAUGAAGACUGAGGAUGAUAAAGUUCCUAUAAAUACGGCUACAGGUCAUAUGGAUAUGAAGCCUUCAGAUGACUCAGCGGCUGAGCACAGAAGAGAACCAUAUUUGUGUGAUCAGGUGAAGACUGAGGAGGAGGAAGUUCCUAUAAAUACGGCUACAGAAGAUCUGUGUGUGGUGAAACCUCUUGUAAUUCAGGAGCAGGAAAACUAUGAGGAUACUGACAUGGAAAACCAUGAGGAUAUAGAGACAACUUAUCUAUCAAUGAAAUCAGACAGUCCUUGUGAAGGCGGGAGUGAAGAUGACUCUUUCAGUCUCUUUAAAGAUCCACAAAGCCACGUGGUGAAUAAACAAUUUUUAUGUUUUGUAUGUGAAAAAAGUUUUACCCACAAAUCACAUCUUCUUACUCAUCAGAAAAUUCAUACGGGAGAGAAAGAAUUUUCAUGUUCGGAAUGUGGGAAAACGUUUGAAUUGAAGUCAUGUCUUAUUAGACAUCAGCAAAUUCAUGCAGAAGAAGAAGUUUCAUGUUCUGAAUGUGGGACAAGUUUUAACCAGAAGUCAAAACUUAUUGCUCAUCAGAAAAUACAUAAGCGUAAGAAAUCAUGUUCCUGUCCUAUAUGUGGGAAAUGUUUUACACAGAAAUCACAUCUUAAUACACAUUUGAAAAUUCAUACUGGAGAGAAAGUAUUUUCAUGUUCUGAAUGUGGGAAAUGUUGUAACCAGAAAGCAAAUCUUAUUGCUCAUCAGAAAAUACAUCUGCGUGAGAAAUUUUCAUGUUCUGAAUGUGGAAAAAGUUUUACUUUGGAGGCAGAUCUUGUUAAUCAUCAAAAAUUUCAUACAGGAGAGAAAGUAUUCUUGUGUAAUGAAUGUGGAAAAUGUUUUACAUUGAAAUCAAACCUUAUUACGCAUCAGAAAAUACAUACAGGAGAGAAAGCAUUCUUAUGUUCUGACUGUGGGAAAUGUUUUAACCAAAAAGCAAAUCUUAUUAAACAUCAGAACAUUCAUACACGAGAAAACUCGAAUAGUAGAUGUUAAACCCACUUUAGUAAAUGGUCUACAACCGCAAAGAUUUUUUUAUGUGUGGUGUUAGAUAAAUAAUACUAUAGAUACCCCUGUAGUAUAAUGAAUACAACACACUUUUUUAUGAUGCAUUCUACUAGCAUGGGGUUGGGACUUUCAUUGGCUAAAAUGUCAGUUAUAUAGGAGCUGUAUACAGUUAGGUCCAUGAGUAUUUGGACAGUUACACAAUCUUCAUAAUUUUUGCUCUGUACACCACUCCAAUGAUAUUUAAAUAAAGAAAUUAAAAUAUGAUUGAAA